GUAUGUGAUGAACCAGAAGAGUUAAAGAGGAAGGCUACUGAGCUGGCGGCUGCUGUCCGGAGUGCCAAGCACCUUGUCAUCUACACAGGAGCCGGGAUCAGUACGGCAGCUUCAAUCCCUGACUACAGAGGCCCUAAUGGCAUAUGGACAUUGCUGCAGAAGGGCAGGAGCAUCAGGGCUACAGAUCUGAGCGAGGCAGAGCCCACACUCACCCAUAUGAGCAUUGCCUGCCUACACAAGCACAACCUGGUGCAGCAUGUGGUGUCUCAAAACUGUGAUGGGCUGCACCUGCGGAGCGGGUUACCCCGAGCAGCGAUCUCUGAGCUUCAUGGAAACAUGUACAUAGAGGUCUGCACUUCCUGUACACCCAACAGAGAGUACGUGCGAGUAUUUGAUGUGACAGAGCGCACAGCCCUGCACAGGCAUCACACUGGCAGGAUGUGCCACAAGUGUGGGGCACAGUUGAGAGAUACAAUCGUCCACUUUGGGGAGAAGGGGACGUUGAGACAGCCCCUGAACUGGGAAGCAGCAACAGAAGCUGCAAGCAAAGCAGAUGUGAUUCUUUGUCUGGGUUCCAGCUUAAAGGUUUUGAAGAAGUACCCAUGUCUUUGGUGCAUGAGCAAGCCGCCCCCUCGUCGUCCGAAGCUGUACAUCGUGAACCUGCAGUGGACCCCGAAGGAUGACCUGGCCGCCCUGAAGCUGCACGGCCGCUGCGACGACGUGAUGCGGCUGCUGAUGGCAGAGCUGGGGCUGGAGAUCCCGCGCUACGACCGGUGA